UGUACGCAAUAUCAAAAUUCGUCAUUCGUUUGUUUGGCAUUCAACCUCGAGUUUUUAUAGAUUUCGAUGAACCUGUUUCAUAUCAGUGUGCUGUUCUGUUUCCAUGGCACCUCAAUCAGUUUGAAGAACAGUGAAUAUGCAGAAAAACAACCCAACAUAAUUUACAUUCUGAGUGAUGACUUAGGGCAUUCUGAUGUUGGUUUUACAAAUGGCCAUGUCGAAACUCCAAAUCUGAACAGGCUCGCAAGGGAAGGAGUUUUACUAACGCAGAACUACGUUCAACAAGUUUGCUCUCCAACAAGAGGUGCUCUCAUGUCAGGAAGAUAUCCCAUCCACACGGGGUUACAACACGACGUUAUCUAUCCUGGCCAACCUUGGGGACUUCCUUUAGAUGAGACCAUAAUACCUCAGGUCCUCAAGGAGUACAACUACUCUACUCAUGCGGUGGGGAAGUGGCAUAUGGGCAUGCAUAAAUGGGCCUUUACACCGCUUUAUAGAGGAUUUGAUGAUUUCUUUGGCUACUACUUGGGAGGACAGAACUACGAUUCCCAUCGAAAUUCGAAAGGCUUGGACUUAAGAAGUGACUACUUUGAUGAAAAUGGAAAGUUUGUGGACGAACUACGUUGGGAUUUGGACGGAAGAUAUAGCGCAGAGUUGUAUUCAGAGCGCACAGUAGAUCUGGUUAACAAGCUCAAAUCUCAGGAGGACCCUUUCUUCAUUUACUUAGCUUAUCAAAGUGUCCAUGCUCCACAUAUGGUUCCUCAAAGAUACCUCGACCAAUUUUCCUCCCACAUCACAGAUGAAAAGGAAAAGGUAUUCGCUGCAAUGGUAAGCUCUAUGGAUGAAGGAAUUGGGAACAUCACCCAAGCAUUAGAGAGCACAGGUUUGGCAGACAACACAAUUAUUGUAUUCAGUUCAGACAAUGGUGGCAAUGUGAACUGUGUAGGAAAAGUGACCUCAAGCAAUUAUCCUUACAGAGGCGGUAAACGGGCUCUUUAUGAAGGUGGCGUUAGGUCCCCUUCAUUCAUAUGGGGUAGAAACAGGUUAGCUCCUUCCAAGUCUGACGCCAUGAUACAUGUCACUGACUGGCUGCCAACUUUCUGGUCACUGGCUAGUCUCCAAGGCAAAUUGAACCCUAAUAAUCCUAUCAAAACAAAACCACUUGAUGGAAUUGAUCAAUGGCUGGCUAUUUCAGAGAACUUGCCAUCUAACAGAACCGAAUUUGUUAUAAACAUUGACCCCAAACCAGUGGCUUGCGGUCAUAGAGUGCCACAUGCAGGACUGAGAUGGAAUGAGUGGAAGCUUAUCAUUGGUGCUGGUGGUCCUCCGAACGGUUGGUAUCCAGCUCCAGAACUAACUGACAUUGAGAAAACCUGUGGACAUCACGACAGCUACAUUGAGUUAUACAACAUCAUUGAGGAUCCAUCGGAAACUAGAAAUGUGUCAGACAAGUUUCCAGACAUUGUCCAGAUGCUUACAGAAAAGAUAAAGGCUUAUAAUGCCACGGCUGUGCCUUUGGGGAACAAACCACAUGAUCCAGCUUCCAACCCAGCAAACUUCAAUUUUACCUGGAUGCCUUGGCUGGACAUGUUUGCUGAAGUUCCUGAUGAAACUUAUACACUUACUAAAGAUCUGUGGCUAGAUGGAAACCAGUUGACUGAAGAUGAUGUUCUCUCCUCGAUGGAUGCAUGCUUCGAUUCAGAUCCGGAUUCUGUCGAAUUUUGACAUGGGUUCUUGUCUGGGAAGUGGAAAUACUUUGAUUUCAUGCCUAUAUACGUAUCUAAGAUUGUGAAUUGUCAAAAAUUGUCAUGCUAUUUAACGGAAUGGUGUCAAAAUACGUGAGCAAUAUUCCAGGAAUAUGGUCACUUCCUCAGUUUCUAUGCUUCUUAUGUUGAGGUGACAUUUUAAUAAUAUGUGGUCGUAUUUUGACAAGAAAAUUGAUAUUAUAAUUAAGUUACCCAACUUGACGGUCGGGAAUUGAGUCGGGAACGUGACAUAAUAUGGUUAGUUCCCCAUCAUUCUUCCCUUCCAGAAUGUGGAAUGUAUGUAUCUAUUUUUAGGUUUUUCGUUGUGAUUUUGAUUAAU